AUGGCCGAGAAAAUAUCACUUGUGACGGGUGCGAGUGGGUUCAUCGCGAGCCAUGUUGUCCAGCAGCUACUCGAAAAGGGCGAACAAGUCCACGCCACUGUCCGCAGGACCGGGAACAAAAAGAAAAUCGGUCACCUCCUCGAAAUGCAGGAACGAUGGCCCGGCAAGUUGACAUUAUUCGAAGCGGAUUUGCUUGUGGCGGGCUCGUUUGAAGCUUCAAUGAAGGGAUGCUCCGUCGUUUAUCAUAUCGCCUCUCCUUUCUUGAUCGAGAACAGAAUUCGCAAUGGCGAGAAAGAGGUUGUUGAGCCUGCUCUCAAGGGAACGCAGAACGUGCUCGAUGCAGUCCAGAAAAUCCAGACAGUCAAUCUGGUUAUCUUGACGUCCUCUGUGGCAGCUAUCUACGGGGAUAACGCCGACGUGCAAGACAUGAGAAACAAGACACUGUCCGCUGAUUAUUUCAACACAACGAGCUCUAUCUAUCACAACUCCUACUCCUACUCAAAGACGGUGGCUGAGAAAGAAGCAUGGAAGCUAUACGAAGCACAGUCGGGGUCGCCACGCUGGAAGCUAGUUACCAUCAAUCCUGGACUUGUUUUAGGGCCGUCUCUUUCCCAAACGUCUGAAUCUGGCAGCCUGUCUCUGUUAGAUCAGCUGCUAAGUGGCCAGCUAUCUUUGGGGGUGCCGGACCUAUGGUUCGGAAUUGUUGAUGUGCGAGAGGUGGCAACUGCCCACAUUCGAGCUGCCGAAACUCCAGAUUCUCACGGUCGCUAUAUCCUGGCCGGAAACAAAACACACGGCUUUGUUGAAUUAGCCCGCAUAUUACGGUCCAUCACUCGAUCUUCCAAUAUUCCAACGAAGAAAAUUCCGAAUAUAUUGGUACGCAUGUCAGGGCCAUUUCUUGGCUUCAGUCAGAGAUGGCUUAAACGGAAUCUGGGGAUUCCUUUCGACAUCGAUAAUCAUCCCAGUGUGAAUGAGUUGAAAAUCGUGUAUCGACCAUUGAACGAGACAUUGGCAGACCAUUACCAGUCCUGGAAAAGUAUCAAAAGCCAAUCGAGCUAG